AUGUCUAUCAGAGCGGUUAGGGAACCGGCCAACGCCAAAGUUGAUAUUGUGUUUGUUCACGGCUUGCACGGCGACCAAGCACCGUGGACAUCCGAGGCGGAUGUCUUCUGGCCUGAAAAGCUCCUCCCGGGUAAAAUCUCCGACGCAUGUAUCCUGUCGUUCGAGUAUGAAGCGGCUAUCGGUCCUUUUUUUGACGAGGACGACGAAAUCACGGACAUUUCCAACGACCUGAUCAACGAGCUGAUGGACCAUCGAACUGAGAAAGAAAAGGCCCUAGUCCGAGCCGCCGAACAUCCCAGGAAAAGAGAGCUCAUUGGUUAUAUCCACGGUAUAUUACUACUAGGAACCCCUCAUUUCCAGCCGGGAUCGCUAGCAGCAGCCACAAACUAUCUCCGAAUCGCUCAGGCGGAGAUCCCCAGCGAGUCGGACCUGAAAGACCGGUUAAAUCGCCUCAGCGGCAUUCCCCAGCGGUUUGCCGAGCUCAAGCAAGCAGGGGCUGAGUUCGAGGUGGAAGGUUUCUAUGCCGGAGCCGGCACCAAGCUGGGCGGUACCGGCAAGGACGUGAAGAUCGUUGAUGAGGCGUUGGCCCGAGGCCCCGAUGCUCCUCCUCCUGAGCGCCUGGCGCGCAAUCAGCUACGGCUGAGCCAGUAUGACGGCGAGGAUGACAAGGAUUUCAAGAAGAUGUUUCGGAUUCUUACCCAGUGGGCGUCCAAGAUUGUUCUUCCGGAGGAAGAUAAGGGGGCCGCCAAUGUGUCGAAUGCGACGUUUUCGGGUUCUCAUAAUUCUGGUUUGCAGCUGGGGCAGAAUGUAGGAACUCUGAAGGGGUUCAGUUUCGGAAGAGGUUAG